AUGAUUGAAGACCAGGAGCCUGAGCACGUCGAUUGGGUUCUCUACUUUCUCUACACCGGGAAAGUUACCCCACAUCUUGCCCGUCUACUGAUGAGUGAGGACACCAUCAUCUCCACCUGUGUCGAUGUCAUCGAGGUCGCGGCAUUCGUCAAUAAGACGAGAACAUACAGUGGCGAGGAUCUCAUACUGCCGGAGGUCUUCACCGAGCAGUUCUUCAAUGCAGCCCAACGAGCUUACAGUUACGACGGAUACCCCGCCGAGUUGUUGCGCAAAGCCCUGCUGUUCUUCAUGAGCAUCACGCGCCUUGGACCGAUCCGGCAAUAUUCCUUCCAGCAGAUUUUCUUUGAGCACAAGGAAUUUUUGGCCGACGUCCUUAAGCAUAUGGUUGAUACGGAGGUAGGCAUCGUGAUGUCCUCUUUGCCUUCAGCGUGCUCUGUAUGCAAGAAAUCUGCGAGUCUGUGUUCCGACACGUGGACAUACAUGUGCGGUCAGGACAUCUACACUCUGAGUGGUGUUUGCCAAGAAUGCGACGGAGAUCUCCAAGGAAACUACGACUAUGACGAGGAGAAAUGUCUGCUCAAGAUGGACGAGACUACAGCCCUCAAUCCUGAGUAA